CAUCGUCAAGCUCCGUCUAUCUGUAUACCAACAACACUCCCUGCCAAGUCUACGACCCUCCUAGAUUGGAGGUCGAAAGAAAGAACUGAAUUGCUUGUGGACACAUUUGUCCUUAUUAUUGUCGUCCAACGUUCCCAUCUCCUCCUCCCUUUACGCGAUAUCCCCGGACAUCUAGCCUUGGCCUCGCGCAUCUUCCUUACCCAUAAUUUGGACUCAACUCCAGCACAAAAUGCUUCGUCAAAUAAAGCCGCGCAAUGCGCGCAGCAAGCGCGCAUUGGAAAAGAUGCAGCCCAAGGUGGUCGAAAACCCGAAGACGGCUCUGUUUCUCAGGGGAACAAAAUGUUCGCAAGUGGUGAUGGAUGCCAUGAAUGACCUUUAUGCCAUGCGCCUGCCCUUUGCCAAAAAGUUUUCUAAGAAGAAUGACAUUGCGCCGCCGUUUGAGUCGGUACAAUCAUUCGAAUUCUUCUCCGAGAAGAACGACGCCAGUCUCCUCCUUUUCGGCACGACAUCCAAAAAGCGACCGCACAUGAUCACCUUCGUCCGCACAUUCGGCCACAAGGUCCUCGACAUGCUGGAGCUGCACGUCGACCCGGACACCUUCCGCUCGCUGAACCAGUUCAACGGCAAGAAGUUCACCGUCGGCCAGCGGCCCAUGGUCGUCUUCAGCGGCACGGCCUGGGACAGCCCCGUCGCGAACGAGUACACCAUGGCCAAGUCCCUCUUGACCGACUUCUUCUGCAACCGGGACCAAGCCGACGCCAUCGACGUCGAGGGCCUGCAGUACAUCGUCUCCCUGGCGGUGGAGGAAGAGUCGUCUGCGUCGGAAAGCAACGGCAGCGGCAGCAGCAGCAAGGCGAAACCCCGCAUCCGGCUGCGCGUCUACACGAUCCGCACGAAGCGGUCCGGCGGCCGCCUGCCGCGCGUCGAGGUCGACGAGAUCGGCCCGCGCAUGGACUUCCGCGUCGGCCGCAUGCAGCCGCCCGACGAGGACAUGCUGAAGGAGGCCAUGCGGAACCCGAAGGGUACCGAGGAGAGGACGAAGAAGAACAUCACCACCGACGCCCUGGGUUACAAGAUUGGUCGCGUGCAUCUGGGCAGGCAGGAUCUGAGCCAGCUCCAGACCAGGAAGCUGAAGGGCUUGAAACGGAGUCGGGACGUGGCGAGCGAUGACGGGAUGGAGGAUAUCGUGGAUGAUGAGGAACCGAAACGGAGCAAGAAGUAAAUCAACUUUUUUUUUUUUUUUUUUUU